CCCAUUCAACAUCGAAACGGGGGAAUUAGCUGAUAAUAACCGUAAAGAACGCGACUUUUUGGGACUUUUUAAGAAACAACCAGCAGCAGCGCAACCUGUGCUAGGCGUAAACAUAGGCGGCGGUCUCGGUGCCGGUGUUGGAUAUGGCGCAGCUAAUAGCGCUUAUGGCGGUGGUGGACAUUAUGGCAUCAAGACAAGUCAUGCUGGAUAUGGACAUGGACAUAACCUUGGUGGUGGUGUUGGCGUGGGCGUGGGUUACGGUAAAGGCGGUUAUGGUAGCUAUCGUUCUGGUGGUUAUGGCGGCGGCAGCUCUUACAGCUUUUCGCCGUCGCAUAAUGUAUUUGGCGUUAAAACUGGCUCAAAUAUCCAAAUCAGCAAUGACUUCCUUAUUCACGAACGCCCCCAAAUACCGGCCUACGCCAACUGUCCAGCAUACCGAUUACCCUCGAAUAUGUUGGUGAAAUGUCGCGACAAUCAAUGUGAGGUUAGCUGUCCGGCGCAAUACAGCUUUCCCGAUGGCAAAACAUUGCUCAAGUUUGCCUGCAUAAGUGGCUCGUGGAUAGUACGCGAUGCAGAUAUAACAACUGUGCCGCCAUGUCAGGCUACCUGCAUACCACCCUGUGAGAAUAACGGCAUUUGUGUGGAGGCAGGCAUCUGCAAAUGCGCAGAGAACUUCUAUGGGCCUUGGUGUCAGAAUAAGAAGACCUUCUGUAGCGGUAAGCCCCCAAUACCGAGAAAUUCGCGCGUCAGUUGUAGUAAUAACAUUUGCAAUGCCGAGUGCAUGAGCGGCUUUCAAUAUCCCGAUGGCAGUACCAUAACGAAUCUGGAGUGCGUAGAAGGCGCAUGGUUGCAUAAGAAGUCGAACUCGGCGAAGCCGCCUGAUUGUGGACCAAUUUGCGAACCACCUUGUCAGCAUGAUGGUCAGUGUAUAUCCUUUAAUGUAUGUCAGUGUACGCAGCAGUAUCGCGGCGAUUAUUGUCAACAUAGCGUACAAGCUUGUAAUGUUACCAAAACGGGCUUCAACGGCAGCUACAAAUGUAAUUAUGAUGGCCUGGAGGCUAAGUGCAAAUUCUCCUGCCCCGCAGUGCCGGGUUUACAAGUGCAGGGUAGCUUGGAUAUUGACUAUGCCUGCAAGUACAGUGAGGGCGAAUUUUAUCCGAAACCGCUGCCGAAAUGCAUUUAUCCACCUGGCUAUAUUAUUCGCCAGGGCUCCCAAUCCAUGCACUAUUCAAAGCAUAAUGGUCAUAUCAUUGGCGGUGGUGGCGCUGAUUUUGGCAUGCAGUGGACCACGGAGCGGGAACGCAUACUAGCUAUACUGGCUAAGUAUCAGGAUGUUGAGCGCCAUAGCGAGUGGUGGUCUUCUGAGGAGACAGCAGCUUCCCCGUCUCGCUUCACGCUUUACAUGGAGGGCGACAUCGAUGUGAUGAUCGAUCGUACACCCAAGUCAGCAUUGUGCACCACUUGGGGUAGCAUAAAUAUGAAAACGUUCGAUGGUCUAGUCUUCAA